AUUUGCUUCUGCAAUUCUAAUCUUUCAUCUUCCAAUAAAUUCUUAAUAAUCACAUUAACACAAAGAUAAGCUAUUAAUUACAUCAAUCAAUCAAGAUCCAAGAUGGCUAAACUAAUUAGGUCAUGGAUUUUGGUUGCAUUCUUCGUAGUAUUACUUGUAGCCGAAGCUACCCUUGUUCAAGGUCAAGGUAACGGCAACGGAAACGGCAACAACGGUGAUAACAAUGGAAAUGGUAAUAGCGGAAACGGAAACGGCAAUGGAAACAACGGCAACGGAAACGGUAAUGGUAACAGCGGCAACGGGAACGGGAACGGAAACAACGGCUCCGGAAACGGAAACGGAAACGGUAAGAAGGGUGAAGAUGCUGACUUUGAUGAUGCAGAGCCUUUAGAGAGCGGAGAAGAAAGAGGGUUAUGUAAAAAAAAAGGAGAUUGUUAUAAGAAGACUCUUGUCUGUCCGGCUCAAUGUCCAUCUAAGAAGCCUAAGAAGAACAAGAAACAGAAAGGUUGUCGUAUUGAUUGCAGCAACAAGUGUGAGGCUACUUGCAAGUGGAGAAAACCAAACUGCAACGGAUACGGCUCUCUCUGCUACGACCCAAGGUUCAUCGGCGGCGACGGUGUAAUGUUCUAUUUCCACGGAUCAAAAGAUGGAAACUUCGCAGUUGUUUCCGACAACAACCUCCAAAUCAACGCCCAUUUCAUCGGAACCAGACCACAAGGAAGAACACGAGACUACACAUGGGUUCAAGCACUUUCAGUCAUGUUCGACACCCAUAAUCUCGUCAUUGCAGCCAAGAAAAUCUCAACAUGGGACAACAAAAUCGACGCACUAGCCGUAAAAUGGGACGGCGAAGAUAUCGAAAUCCCCGCCGACCAAAAAUGGAUUAACGGAAAUGAAAAUGAAAGAGAUGUAAUAAUCGAAAGAACCGACGAAACGAACAGUUUAAGGAUUAUAAUCUCUGGUUUAGCUGAACUGGACAUUAACGUGAGACCAAUUGGCAAACAAGAAAACGUUGUUCAUAACUAUCAGUUACCAAAUGAUGAUGCUUUUGCUCAUCUUGAGACACAGUUUAAGUUCAAGAAUUUGUCUGACUUGGUUGAGGGCAUUUUGGGGAAGACUUAUAGAAAAGAUUAUGUGAGUCCGGUGAAGAUUGGUGUGGCUAUGCCGAUGAUGGGCGGUGAAGAUAAGUAUCAGACUCCUUCUCUUAUGUCUCCUCUUUGUAGGGUUUGCAGGUUUCAGCAGAGUACAGGGAUGGCUGCAAUUUAAAAUAAGGGCCGGGUUUUAAUUAAUUAUUAUUUAUGGAAGUAAAUUAUAAAUAUACGUGAAUAAAACAGCAUUCUUUUGUAAGUGUAAAUGUGCUUGCAUGUAUGUGGGAAUUAUUUGUUUUGAGUUGUUGAAAUGUUCAGAUUUUUAUUCAAUAAAAUUAAUAAAGGGUUGUAAGAUGAAA